CUCGGUUUCGUUGACGCUUUGCAUUCCUGAGUUUCUUGCCGAGUUUCUCAUCUCUUCUUCCUUCGCCAGGGGUUGCCCCCUUCCGUCUCCCGAAGUUUCCAGCCCUACCCGUGCCCCUUGUCCCUUGACUCCCCUCAUCCUGCCCCCACAACAACGACAACAAGCACGAAGUGUUUUGCAACAUGGCCGCAUCCGGCAGCAGUGCCACGGCUCGGGAGGCCGACGGCCAGAAGGAGCUCGUUGCAGCCGAGGACAAGACCCAGGUCACAGUUAAGCGCGGCGUCCGCUUCUGGGGCACCUUCGUUGCCCUGUGCUGCCUUUCCUUCAUCUCCGCCCUCGACGUCGCCAUCGUCACGACUGCCCUGCCGACCGUGACGGCGGCCAUUGGCGGCGCCGAGCAGUAUGUGUGGAUUGCCAAUAGCUUCGUGGUCGCGUCAUGCGUGUUGCAGCCACUGUUUGGUCAGCUGGCCGAUGUGUUUGGUCGGCGCCGGCCCUUCAUCGCAUCCGUCGUCCUUUUCACCCUUGGUAGUGGGAUCGCCGGCGGUGCCAAAGAUGCCGCCAUGCUGAUCGCCGGACGGGCGGUCCAGGGCGCUGGGGCUGGUGGCAUUGUUGUCAUGUUGGAUAUCGUGUGCUGCGACUUGGUGCCGUUGCGAGAAAGAGGCAAGUACCUCGGUUUGAUGUUCUCGUGGUCAGGUGUCGGUGCGGCCUUGGGACCUCCAGUCGGUGGUGCUCUAGCUGAAGCAAACUGGCGCUGGAUGUUUUACAUGAACAUUCCCAUCUGCGGUGUCGCCCUCGCCUUCCUGCUCCUCUUCAUGCGCUUCAAGACCGGCACGGCGGCCACUGAGCACAGGGGCAUUGGGGCCAAGUUUCGCCGGCUCGACAUCAUCGGCAACCUGAUCUUUACCUCUAGCAUGAUCUCUCUCCUGAUUGGCCUCGUCCAGGGUGGCACCGAUGAACAGCAUGAGUGGUCCUCGUUUCGCAUCAUUGUACCUAUCGUCCUCGGCGUCGCCGGCUGGGCCGCCUUCCACGUACACCAAGCGGUCUUGGCCCCGUUUCCUAGCGUCCCGCCGCGGCUGUUUACGAACCGGACUUCGGCCAUCGCCUACGGACUGACCUUCACCUCAUCGGUCGUGCUCCAGGCCACGGCGUAUUUCUUCCCCGUAUAUCUCCAAGCCGUCCAGGGCACGACCGUGCUGGAAUCCGGCACCUACUUCCUUCCCUUUGCAUUGUCGUCCCUCGUCUUUGCCGUCCUGGCCGGCAUCCUGCUCAGCACCUUUGGAGCCUACCGACCCCUGCACGCGGCGGCCUUUGCCCUCUCGAGCCUGGCCUUUGGCCUGUUCACGCUGCUGGACGGGUCGACGUCCAAGGUGGCGUGGGUAUGGUACCAGCUGAUCGCGGCCGCCGGGUCGGGCCUGGUCAUGUCGACGCUCCUGCCGGCUCUCAUGGCCUCUCUGCCCGAGAGCCACGUGGCGUCGGCGUCGGCGACCUACAGCUUCUUCAGGACUUUUGGAUACGUCUGGGGCGUUACCCUCCCUGGUAUCAUCUUCAACGCGGCCGUGGGCAGCAAUCUCGAGAGUAUAUCCGACCCGACACUCCGGGCCCAGAUGGCCGAUGGAGCUGCCUACUCCUUUGCAAGCGCGGUCCAUGGACUGAGACGGGAUGGAGCGCUAGGCCCGGUCGCUUUCCAACAGAUGACGGAUGUCUAUUCGGAGAGCUUAAGGGUCAUCUGGUGGCUAUGUUUGGGCAUAAGUCUGGUCAGCUUGCUCGCCGUUCCAGUGAUGAGAGGCUUGGAGCUACGCAAGGAGUUGGAGACCGAAUAUGGCCUCGAUGAUGGAGUGAAAGUGAACGGGGUCGGUUCUUCCUCGUCUGAUGAGGAAGUCGGGAGGGCGGAAGAGAAGGUGAAAGUGGACGGGGUUGUGCAGUGUCGCGUGGUUUCUGAGCCCAACUCAGCAUGACUUGGCUCUGGCGUACAUGUGUGCCAGCGUUGAGGGUACGGAGAGUGUUGCGAGAUAGACGAAAGGUGUCAAAUCUGUAUACCUACAUGUAAUAUGUUGCUCCUUUACAGCCUGACCGAGACCGUGUAGGCGAACUCCCUUGGGCCGAGAUUUGUCAGAGGAAAACCGUAAAGGUUACCAAUUCUGCCAGCCAAGGAUAGGGUGGGGGGACGCUCCAAUUUCGAGGGCCCUACCUAGGUAUACAGCGUGCGGAGG